UCUCCUCUCAAACAGAGAACAAUCGAGACUUCCUCUGUUUCUUCUCGGCACAUCCCACCCCUUCCACCUCCGUCUUUGUCUCCGGCUCUGUCUCCCCAAAAGCCUCGCCACCAUCUGCCUCUGGCACGUCGCCUUGUCCAAGAGCGCCGUCAGUUGCAGCUGGUCCCAACCCCCUCCACCUCCGUUUCCAACGCGGAGAUCAAGCACAAGUUUUGUGCUCGCAUUGGUCUCUCGGCAACUUCUGGACCUCCGUGCGAUUGCGUCCCUCUGACGAACUCGUUAUCAGCUUCGACUCCGUGCCGUCGCUGCCGAUGGCGUCCUCCGUCUCUGGCAUCUGCUCGUCCUCCCCGUCCCUCAGGCCGAAGACGCCGCGGGCCUCCGCCGCGAAGCCGUCGGCCUCCGGCCCGAGGGAGACGGCCUCGGUCUCAUUCCCCAGCGAGCGCUGUCCCUGACGCUGGCCCGCUUGGUCGCAGGGGAGUUCUCAGCGGACCUGGGCAGGGCGGACGGCGCGGCAAAGAAGGUGAGGUGCGGGCUGGAGAAGGAUUCCCGCUCGCUGUGGGGGAGGUACAUGGACUGGCUGUACCAGCACCGAGAGCUAGGGCUUUUACUGGACGUGAGCCAUAUCGGGUUCACGAACGAGUUUCUAGAGGAGGUGGAGCCCUGGUUCCAGGCAGCGUUCGAGGUGAUGGAGGAGCUGGAGAAGGGCGCGAUCGCCAACCUGGACGAGAGCCGCAUGGUCGGGCACUACUGGUUGAGGAAUUCGGAGCUCGCGCCAACUUGGUUCCUGAAGGCGCAGAUUGAGAGCAUGCUCGACGUCGUCUGCAAUUUCGCUACCGACGUGAUCAGCGGUAAGGUUUUGUACGAUGAUGGGGACAAAGAAACCUUAAACCUUGAGAAGGAAAGGUGGGAGUUCAUUGAGGAUGAUUUGCCAGUUGAAGUGGCUGAUAAUCCCAAACCCAUUACUUCAUCUGUCAUACUGAGAAAGCAGAAUGGGAAUAAAGGAAGUUUUCCAUUGAUAUUAAAUUACAAAAAAUAUGUUCGGAGGGCCAGAGCAGCCACUAGAUUGCGAGAAGUUGAAGAAGCUCCAUUCUAGAGACAUCUUGACAACCAGUGUACCAACAUAUGGAAUCUCUAUCAUGCUUAAGCAUUCUGUCUUUCUUUAUUCAGCGAGGCCUCGCAGCUCAGUCAGUGCUCCGGGAUCAACGGUUGAGGAAGGGGAUACUCUGGGAUUGGCAGCAAUUUUGUGAGCUAUACCUUUCUGUCAAGGAAAAUUCUUUUCUACAGAUAUGAAGUUGUGAGAAGCAUCCACAUCGUACUAUAAGCUGGUGCAUGGAGGCCUUUUCAAUCUCUCCCACCAAAAUUCUUUGACUUUGCCGGUCUUGGUCCUUCUCUUCAGGUUUUGCAUAAUGCGAGUUUGUACAAAAUCCCUUGUCUUGAGCUCAUAGAUAUCCCUGAGGAAUGUAUUAUUUGCUCUUGGAUCGAGAUGAAUCCGCUGUUAAAUUCUGGAGUUCAUAGAAGUUUUUCAGUCUUGAGCUUACAUGGCAAGUUGUAGCUCGAGGCUUUUGUCCCGAGUACUUAAGAACAGUCCUGACACUCAGAAAUAUGAUAAAGAACAGAAUUCAGUAGCCUUGGAGGCCCCAGAGACUACGACUUCUGCCAGGAACAAGCUAAAAUCUGAAAUUUCUCUGGAUUGGUAUUCAUUGAAGAAGAAAGGAAUUGAGGGGGUAAUAUAUUGUUGAUUGCUUUGGCAUCACAUGCCACUUCUGUUUAUUCGUAACUAUGCUUUUUCUUUAAGUGGUGAGGCACCUUAUAGUUUUCCUUUAUAUUUACACUAAACCCUUGUUGAAUCAUAACAAUGACCAUAGGCAAAAUUUUGUCUACAGGAUAAAAUUUUAUCCUCUUUUGUGUCAAUUAGAUGUCUUGAGGAUUUGUAUCAUUUUGAUGCUGAGGACUUUUUGAGGACCAUCUAUUGUUCUCUGACUGGUGGUUUUGGUAACAUUUUGUCUUGCAAUAUUACUAUGAAGGCGUUAUUUGUGAUCUUGGAGGCAACUUGUUAUGUUGUGAUAGCUGUCCCCGGACCUUUCAUAUUGAGUGCCUUGAUCCUCCUCUCAAGGUAGUUCAUAGCUAUUUGAGGGGUCUUGCCUUGAGUUAGAUGUGUUAAUUGUUGUCAUUUGUCUUAUCGUACUUGAUUGAGAUAAUUUAGUUGUCUCAUUUUAUUGUUUUCCAUCUCCAGUGGAUUCCACUAGGGAAAUGGCAAUGUCCUAAGUGCCGCUCAAAAAAUAAUUCGGUUGAGCCAAUAAGCCAUCUCGAUUCCAAUUUGAAGUGAGCUGGACGAAAAUUUGUGGGUCAAGAUCGAAGACAUUGUCUACCAUGGAAAAAGUAUCUCGAAUGCUUGGUGGCUCCCAUUUUCCAAGCAAGAGGUCUUUGAGUGGAGGGAAUUCUGUUGUAACACCUGAAGUUCAGCCAUUGAAAGGUAAUCCAGAUCUGUCCCCAGGAGAGGAACCAUGCACCAUCAAGCCUGGUUGCCCAUCCCUGGGUGGUUCUACUGAUGGAACCUCUUCCUCUCAGAAAAAUGAUGAUGAACAUAAGGUAGAUGUACCUCCAGCAAAAGCACCUUCAACCAAAUGGUUAGCUUCUCCUUUUGUGCCCACUUCAUCUCAUUCUCAACUGGUGAGUUCAGAACAAUAUGAUGAAGCAUCAGAGAAAAAUUCUUAAUGUUCUGAUGGAUUCAAUAGUCCAGAUGGUCAAGCUGCUCUUGGAAUUGGUGCUAGUAAAGAGAGAGCUAAGAAGAGAAAGCUUGUGCAGAAAAAUGACAUUCAGAAGAAACGCAUGACUGACAAUGGAAUGUAAAUUAUUGCUGCUUCUAAGAGCAGGGAUGAUGAUGGCAAGCAAAUUAUUGCUACUUUUAAGAGACAUGGAUCGAAGAAGAAAGCUGCUAUACCUGAAAUAGGUAAUUCACAAUUAAGAAAGAGAACAAUUGUAAACAAGGGUUCACGGUCUGCUAUAGAAGAAAAUGGAGCAAAAGAAGGUUCAAAUGGUCCAAAUAAACAAAAGGAAGAUACUUUUACAUUGGCCUUUUCAUUAUUGACAUAUUAUGCAUAGACAUAUAUAAGAUACUUCCUGGAAUUCGGCUGGAAUUUUAAUGGUAAAGUUGGAGGAAGAGUCGAAAACUGGAAAACUUGGUUGACAACAUUUCAUCUUUCUUCUAUUGAGAUUGAAAGACGUUGUGAUUUGAGCAAGUUCAUCGAUGUAGACCUGCUGUGUAUAAAAAUUACUUACUAGGUUUAGUUCAAAUGCUUUACUGUUGUUCCUUUUCAAGUGCUGAAUGUAUUCUCCUUUGUUUUUAUCCUCUAAUUUUGCAGGAGGAGCCCCAUAUCCAUUGCAGCAGCUGCUCUCUGAUGAGAAGAAGUCUUCCCAAGAUAUAUCACUUGCUACUAGAGUCACCGAGGGGAUGAUUAGGAACUCCUCCAAGGAUCUGUAUCAUCACAUUUCAAAGAUAAAUACCAAGCUGGUAUGGCAAGGAAGAGGAUCUAAAGAAUUUCUGCAGCUUUUGAGUGUGUAGAUAUAAAAACAAAAUUGACAUUAGUUAACUUUCAGUUAGUUUUGGAAAUAAAAACAAUCUUGAAUUUUUAAUUCUUGUUAUAAAGAAUAUGGUGGUUCUUAA